GUAAACUUAUAUCAUGGUGAUGUAUCAUGUACUGUUGUAAUACCUCCCCUAGCAAUUAAUAGGAUUACUUGCUUUUGCACCAUUGCACCCACCGAUCUCGAUUAUGAUAAAUUACAUCAUUAUUCAGGUUAUCAAAUCAAAUACCUCAUCAUUCAUAAAAGCACCAUCAUCAAAGAGCUUCCCCCGAAACUUCAUAUUUAUCUCAUAUAUGUAUAUCGAAAUAACGACAACAGAAUGGCCCUGUGAUAGAUUGGAUAUAUAAUGUCACAGUUUUCAAGUUUCAGAAAAGAGAGAUGAUCGUCAUCGGCAUGUAUUUAUGUAAAAGUACCGUGCGAUUAUUCCACCGAAU